UGCUUCUAUUUGUGUUUGCGUCCGUGUGGGCAAUGCCGCCCCCUCUGCUUCUUGUCCUCUGCCUUCCGCUCCCUGCCCCAGAAAGUCCGUAGCGAUUUCGGCUCCAGGGCAGCCCACGUGGCUGUGCAGCCCGCGCACGUGACGAUGGGUCUCGCAGCUUCUGGCAGCUGCUGCGUGGACAGGCGCGCUGUCGGCACCAGGGACCAGCCAGCGCUCAGCUCCAAGGCGGCACCCGCGCGGCCUCCUGCGACGGAGGCACGGAAGGCGCAGCCGGCACUUCGCGGCGAGAGGCCGUCGUCGGCACCUGGCCCUGCGCCUCUCACCGGGGACACGGAGGCGCUUGAGGCAACCGUGGAGGCCGCGCGGCUGCGACUGCCCGGAGCCUCGAUGAGCGCUUGGCAGCGAGAUUGGUGCACCGCGGCCACAGUCGACGUCUACCUCCGUGGCCGGAAGGGAGACCCGGAGAGCGCAGGGGACAUCCUGGCGCAGGCGCUCGCGUGGCGGGAGAGGUUCAAGGACGUGCUGACCGGCGAGAGGCUGCCCAACUGGCAGGGCGACAUGAGGGUGCUGACCCGAGGGGCCUCUUGGCGUCCGAUCAUAUACACGUGCUUCCGCCACCAGGUGCCCUCCGCCAGCGCGGUCGACCUCAUCCAUCACACGGCAGCUGUCUUCGAGGCGGCUGUGCGCCUGAUGAGGCCCGGUGGCUCGACCCAAAUCGACGUCGUAGCAGACUGCCACUGCUUCAGCUUGCUCAACAAUCUGAAUGUUGCUCCACUGCUGGACUUCAUCGAGGUCCUUAAGCACCCUUAUCGUGACAGGUUGGGCCACUGCUGGCUGGUCGAUGCCCCGGUCGCCAUUCGAAACGACGUGGCGCAUCGUGAGUCAUGCGAUCCCGGCGGCGACCCGCCAGAAGGUGCGCUGGGUCUCCGCGGCCGAGGUGGAGGGCGAGGUGGCCCGGUCCGCGGGCGACAGGGCCGCGCGCGCCGUGGUCCGCGCCGUCGCCGCCAACCGCGGGGAGCUGCCUUCGGGGGACGCCCUGCGGGCGCUGUGGCGGCUCCCCAGCCUCGGGGGGCGUCGGCGGACGUUUUUUUUGUUUUGUUUUGUUUUUGUUUUCCGUUUUUCCCGGAAAGGGCAUGGGCCCAGGGUUCUCUUUUAGUAGGUAAACCUGUCCCCCGGUGCC